AUGAACACAUCAAAAGACAUAUACUACUUCAUUCCUGACCUCUGCGCCAUCGACCCUUUGGCACCCGAAGUCGACCCUGACACGCAUACGUGGGUGCGCGCCAUCCAAAUUGACGACACGGACUUGAUGUUUGAGGGUAAGUCGCUAAGCUCGUGGUUCGAAGACGACCGCAGUCAUCGCAGUCAUCGCAGCAGACGCAGCAGUAGCAGCAGCAGCCACAGCAGCGACAACGACAACCAACAGGAAUAG